GCCGUCUUCAGUUGCAAGCAGACCGUCAUCAGCAGCAUAUUAGAACGAGGGAUUCAUUAAUACAGUCUUUGGCAGCUCAGUUGGAACUGGAGGGAUUUGGAAAAGCACCUUUUAAUGAGAGGCAAAUUAAUAGUUUCCACAGGCUUGUGAAAGAAAGACAGGAUAAAGACAUGGAAGCAGCGAAUCAGUUGAUGAGAGAAUUUGAGGAGAAAGAAGCAAUGAAGCAGAAUCAGCUUGAUGAAAUCAGGGAUAGAAAAACUGGACUUGAAAGAACCAUUGACCUGAAGUCAGAUAUUCAACAUAAGAAGCAGUUUGAAUUAAAGAACCUGAAACAUGAGUUACUUCAGCUUGAAGGGUCUUCGGAUAGGCUCCUGGAACUUGAUCAGGAACUGACCAAAGCAAAAUGUGAACUAGGUGAAGCUGAGAGGAACUGCAACACUGAAGCCUUAGAAAUGGAAAUACAAGAGCUUCAGAGAGAGAAGGCAAAUCUGGAUGGCAUUCUUCGGAAACUGGAUAAAGAAAUGGAACAGUUGAACUUAAAUACUGCAAUAAUCACCCAAAUGGACAUGCUAAAGAAAGAUAAAGCUGACAAAGAGGAACAAAUCAGAAAAAUAAAAGCCAGACACAACGAAGAGUUAAUCUCCUUGCUUGGAUAUUUUCCAAACAAAAAGCAACUUGAAGAUUCAAUUCAUGCUAAAAGUAAAGAAAUUAAUCAGACAAGAGACAGACUUGCCAAGCUCAACAAAGAACUUGUUUCAGCAGAGCAAAACAAAAAUCAUGUUAGUGCUGAAUUAAGGAAAAAAGAAGAGCAGUUGUCCAGCUAUGAAGAAAAGCUUUUUGAUGUUUGUGGAAGCCAAGAUUUUGAAAGUGACCUCUGCAAACUUCAAGAUGACAUUGAAAAAACUUCCAAGCAGCGAGCCAUGCUUGCUGGGGCCACAGCUGUUUAUUCGCAGUUCAUCACACAACUAACCGAUGAAAACCAGUCAUGUUGUCCAGUUUGUCAGAGGGUUUUCCAAACAGAGUUAGAACUUCAGGAAGUGAUAGAUGAUCUUCAGAAGAAGCUGCGCCUUGCUCCAGAUAAAUUGAAAACAACAGAGGCUGAACUUAAGAGGAGAGAGAAGAAGCGUGAUGAAAUGAUGGCACUUAAACCUGUCAGGCAAACAUUAUCUGAACUUCAAGAAAAGGACAUACCUGACUUAAGGAACAAGCUGCAGAUUCUCAACAGAGAGAUUCAACGCCUUAAAAAUGAUAUAGAAGAACAGGAGACUGUCUUGGCUGUUAUUAUGCCUGAGGAAGAAAGUGCCAAAGCAUGUCUGCAAGAUAUUACCCUUAUGGAAAGGUACCAGACUGAUCUAAGGGAUGUUGAGCGAAAAAUUGCUCAGCACGCUACUAAGCUACAAGGUGUGGAUUUGGGUCGGACUCUUUUGCAAGUGAGCCAGGAAAAGCAAGAGAGAAAGCAUCAGUGGGAUACAGUCACCGGAAAAAUUGAAUUAAAGCAGACACUUAAACAAGACCAACAAAAUCAGGUCCAGUGUUUAAAGAGUACGGUGAAUGAGCUUAAAGCGGAGAAACUUCAAAUUUCCAGUCGUAUGCAACGUCGACAGCAGUUAGAAGAGCAGACUGUGGAGCUGACCACUGAGGUGCAGUCCUUGAACAGAGAAGUUAAGGAAGCAAAGGAGCAGAUCUUUCCUUUAGAAACAACUUUGGGGAAACUGCAGCAAGAAAGAGAAGAGUUGAUGCAGAAAAAGAACAAAAGUUACAGAGCAACACAAGAGGAGAUAAACAACAUCAAAGAAAAAGUUAAAAACAUCCAGCAGUAUGUAAAAGAGAUUGAGAAUUAUGUUAAAGAAGGGAAAGAAGAGUACAAACAGCAAAAGGAAAUUGAACUUGAUGAAGUCAACGUUCAGCUAACAGAAUGUGAAAAGAGGAAGGAGAAGAUAAAUAAAGAAAUUGGAACCAUUAGGCAAGAUAUUGAUACUCAGAAGAUUCAGGAGCGAUGGUUAGAAGAUAAUCUUACUUUAAGAAAAAGAAAUGAAGAUCUAAAAGAAGUGGAAGAUAGCAUAAACCGAUACUUGAAGGAGAUGGGAGAAAUGAAGGUCCCACAACUGAAAAAAGACCGAGAGCAUUUAGAGGGAAAAAUAGAAGAGCUGAAAAGAAACCACAGCUUAGCACUUGGACGACAGCGUGGGUUUGAAGAAGAGAUCCUUAGAUUUAAGAGAGAGUUGAGAGAUUCGCAGUUUAAAGAUGCAGAAGAGAAAUACAGAGAAAUGAUGAUAAUAAUGAGAACAACAGAACUGGCAAACAAAGAUCUUGAUAUUUACUAUAAAGCAUUGGAUCAAGCAAUCAUGACAUUUCAUAGCAUGAAAAUGGAAGAAAUCAACAAAAUAAUUCAUGACCUUUGGCGGAGCACCUAUAGAGGACAAGAUAUUGAAUACAUAGAAAUUCGGUCUGAUGCAGAUGAGAAUGUCUCUGCUUCUGACAAGAGGAGGAAUUAUAAUUACAGAGUAGUCAUGAUAAAAGGAGACACUGCUCUAGAUAUGAGGGGUCGAUGCAGUGCUGGUCAAAAGGUUCUUGCCUCGCUGAUUAUCCGUCUUGCUCUAGCAGAAUCUUUUUGCCUUAACUGUGGUAUUCUUGCACUGGAUGAGCCAACCACCAACCUUGACAGAGAGAACAUUGAAUCCCUUGCCCAUGCCCUAGUGGAGAUAAUCAAAAGUAGAUCCCAACAACGUAACUUUCAACUGCUUGUAAUAACACAUGAUGAAGAUUUCGUGGAACUUUUGAGUCGAUCUGAGUAUGUGGAGAAAUUCUACAGAAUUAAGAAAAAUCUUGACCAGUGUUCUGAGAUUGUGAAAUGCAGUGUAACAUCUUUGGGAUCAUAUGUCCAUUAGCGUCCAUACAUGAUUAUUUGUUAAUGGGAGUGCUCAGAAACAUCCAGGGAUGAAAAUAUAGAUGGUUUGCAUAUAGAAGCUAUUUUCUUUGGGUGAGAAAGAUCUUUUGUUGAACGUGUAGAUCUUUUUGACUAACACUAAACGAUUGCUUCAAUAAAAUGGAAAAAAGAGACUGACAAAAACUAUGCAGACAGAAAUGUGCAAGCUUACACAUUAUUUUAUGCAUGUGUAUUUAUUUAUUUGAUGUAUAUACUGCCCCAUUAGUGCAUGUGCACUAUUCUCAGUUUAUACAAAUAAUGACCAAUUUAAAAAAAUUAAACUAUUAACAACUUAAAACAAAAUGGCACCCAAGGCAAUUUUCCCCAUAAUGGCAGGACCAGAGACACACAGUCAAUUAGGGUUGGUGUGGAAAGCCUCCCUGAAAAACCAUGUUUUGAGUUGUCUCCUGAACGACAACAGGGAAGGAGCCAGGUGUAGCUCCACUGGAAGCUGGUUCCACCAGGUCCGUGCCACCAUGGAGAAGGCCCUGCCUUUUGUGGAUGACACAUGGGCCUCGGGGUGGCAACACAGAAGAGCAUAGCCUGGGAGGAUCUGGUGGGUUUGGCAGAUGACACUGGGGAAAGGUGCUCCAACACCUAGUCCAGGAAGUGCCUGAUUUUUCACACAUACCCUUUCCAGGCUCUUCCAAACUAAAUGUUCUGCUCCUUUGUAUUUCUUAGUUUAAUUCUUGCUGAAUUCCAGCAAUGGAAGAUCAGAUAGAAAUUAUAAGACUGAAAAAACAAAGCUCACAUUAUUCCCUUACCAACAGCACAAACUAUGGAAUUCGUUGAGGUUUUAGGCUUCAACAAGAAAAAUGGUACUAGGAGUGUGCUCUUUUGUGGGGUUUUUUGGACUACACUCUCCAGAAUUCUCCCCAAGAUUUCCGGGAACUGCAUCCCACAAACCCAGCUAAGCACACCUGUAGAUUUUGCCCUUCUAAAGAACGGCUUUGUGAUUAUUUUUUCUGCACCAUCAGUUCCUCUGGUCUUCGAUUCUGUUUAAAAAAAGAAAAGCUUCUGCCCUUUAGGUUCUAUAGAGGGUGCCUCCUAAAGAACUAUGACUCUAGGAAGGAAACAAACAUCCUGAAGAUAAUAUACUGAAGUACUGGAAAAAGGACUUUGGGCACACAUCAACCCCAAAGGAACUCUCUACCCAGCGUAGGCUUCGUAUUUCUUCAGAAGGAAUUAUGUUCAGGGAGGCAUUCCGUCCACUUUUUGCUGGUAAAUAAACACUCCCUGCUAUGA